AUGGCCUCUGACUUCUGCAGGUCGAAGCUUCUUGCUGUAAUAGGGAAACAUGAUCAGAGUAAGGCCAACCAACAGCGCAAGCCCCUGCCCCGGUCACCCACCUCGGAGCCAGCGCAGGAGGAAAUAGUCAUCCGGGUUCGGCAGGGUGGGCAGCACGUCCUGGACAUUCUCCCGGAACUGUGGCGAGAGGCAGCGGGGACAUAUGCCCCACCACUGCCCAGCACUGGAAAACUGCCCAGCUGGAGCCUCCAAACUUUGGGACUGGACUCCAUCAGCUCUGACCCCGAGGACUGCCCACCUCCGCUCUCCCAUUGGCAGCGAGCCGCAGGAGACUCGGGUGUUGGAGGAAGAAUCUCCCGGAAGUGGGAGGAAAGCUGGAGCUCUGCCCCUGUCCCUACCCCGGGCCCGGCUGCCAGUCCGGAGGAUGAAUGUCGCCUUUGUGCCCUCACUGCCUCCGAGGGCUACCAAGCAACCACUUCUUCCCAGGACGCCCUGGUCCUGGAGGGCGUCAGGAUCGGCCCCGAAGCCGACCCGGCGCCCAGGCUGGGCGGACGCCUGCUGCUGAUGGACAUCGUGGACGCUGAGCAGGAGGUGCCGGUAGAAGGCUGGAUCGCAGUGGCAUACGUGGGCAAGGAGCAGGCGGCCCAGUUCCACCAGGAGAAUCAGGGCAGUGGCCCGCAGGCCUACCCUAAGGCCCUGGUCCAGCAGAUGCAGCGGGCCCUCUUCCUGGGAGCCUCUGCCCUGCUCCUCCUCAUCCUGAACCACAACGUGGUCCGAGAGCUGGACAUAUCCCAGCUUCUGCUCAGGCCAGUGAUCGUCCUCCAUUACUCCUCCAAUGUCACCAAGCUGUUGGAGGCCCUGCUGCAGAGGACCCAGGUCACAGCUGAGAUCACCAGCGGGGAGUCCCUGUCAGCCAACAUUGAGUGGAAGCUGACCCUGUGGACCACCUGUGGCCUCUCCAAAGACGGCUACGGAGGAUGGCAGGACUUGGUUUGCCUGGGAGGCAGUCGUGCCCAGGAGCAGCCACUGCAGCAGCUGUGGAACGCCAUCCUGCUGGUGGCCAUGCUUCUGUGCACAGGCCUCGUGGUCCAGGCCCAGCGGCAGGCAUCGCGGCAGAAUCAGAGGGAGCCCGGAGGCCAGGUGGACCUGUUUAAGCGCCGCGUGGUACAGAGACUGGCAUCCCUGAAGACCCGGCGCUGUCGCCUGAGCAGGGCGGCACAGGGCCUCCCAGAGCCUGGCGCUGAGACCUGUGCUGUGUGUCUGGACUACUUCUGUAACAAGCAGUGGCUCCGGGUACUGCCCUGUAAGCACGAGUUCCACAGAGACUGCGUGGACCCCUGGCUGAUGCUCCAGCAGACCUGCCCGCUGUGCAAGUUCAACGUCCUGGGAAACCGCUAUUCAGAUGAUUAGCUGCCCCAGCUGGGACUCUGCACGUUGGGAUAGACCCUCCCCCAUGCACCCUGGCCCUCAGCCUGGGUACCCAGGACAGGACUGGACAGGACAGCAGGCCCGUGGUGGGAGAAAGGACAAGGGGCCUUUGGCCCCAGGCUGAGGGUGCAGUGCCCAGACCUGCCUGUUGAGGGCGCUUUGGGGCCCUUCUCUGUACUCCUGGGAUGUCGGUAUCUGAGCACCACAAGCAGCUCUGAGGACCCUGGGGAGAGAGAAUGUAGACCCCAAAAGGACUCUGCAGCCUGUCAGGACAGCCCUGGGGCAGCUGAGGUUGCAGUGGCUGGGUUUUGUGCUUAUUUAUUGGGGGGGUGCAUUGAGGGAAGAAGUGUCAGCCUUGGGGCACCUUGGCCUGACCAUCUUUCAGGAUACCACUUGGUCAAGGCUAUGAGGUUAAGCCCAGAGGCCUUUCUGCUGCCUGCUGCCCGUGGUCCUUGGGCGCUGGGAGCUGCGGGUGGCCCUGCCCAUCUAGCUGGGCUCCUUCCCUGGCUGGCUGGGACCAGAGGCCUUAGAAACCAUUCAGCCCUGUACUCCAUGGUUGGGGCUGGUCACUGACCAGGAUACUUGAAACCACAGGUAAAUGUGGUGCAUCGUCCAGGGGCAUCCAUUUUUUAAAAAGAGUUGGGUUAGGGAAGGUUUAAUAGUAAAAUAAACAUGAAUAUAUUUUAAUAGAAGAUG